CAGGGCUGGGCGCCUCCCGGGCCUCCUCUUCAUCCCCAGCUCUCCUGCUGCCGAGAUGCCGACAACUCAGGUGCUGAGCUCCGGGAUGGAGCCGCACAGCCCCAAGGAGCCUGUGGAGCCGCAGACCCCAGUGAAAGGCACACGGCGGGCAAGCAGCGAGGAGGCACCCAGCACCCACCGCGAGGACUCCAGAUCGGGCCUGGGCACCCUCCGGCGGGCUUUCUCCCGGGUGGGCCAGCGGGCCUCCAGCCGGGCCUUGGUCCAGGCCUCGGAGGUGGACCCAGGCCUGCUCCGACGCAGCUCCCGCUUCCUGUUCCGGUCCUUUCGGCGCCCGCUGGACGGUAGUACAGCCGCUGACCACGGCCGGGGCGCCGCUGUGCCAGGAGCAGGCCACGGCCCGGAGGCGCCCUCUGCGGUUCCUGAUGGUGUCAGCCGGCAGCUGUCCCCCAAGGCGGGACUUGAAGAACUGGAACCUGAGGCAGGCAAAUCCGUGGCGGACCUCAUCGCCGAAUGGCAGCUGCUGGCGGCCUUCAGACAGCUGCAGCACCUGGAGGCGCAGCUAGUGGAGGAGAAAGCGUCGCACAUCUUCGAGCAGGACCCCACGGGCUUCGCGCGGCGCGCCAUGGACCUGUGCCUGCACUACGACGGACUGGGCGCCGAGAUCGGCACCAUCGUGCGCGAGACGCUGGGCCCCGGGGGCGUGGACCCCACCGCGCUGGCGGAGCUGGCCCACGUGGUGCGCGCGGAGGAGGAGGCCCACCCCCGGUCCCCUGCCGACGGAGACUUCCUUCGCACGCCCCGCCGCUGGCGCCAGCAAUGGGAGGACGCGGUGCGGCGGAGCGCGCAGGAGCGCGUGCGGCAGUUGGGCGUCGGAGAGGCCUCGGAGGUGGCGGAGGGUGCGUCGGACCUCGCCAGACUCCUGGCGGAGCUUGGCAGCUUGGUUCGCCGCGACCUGCAGAAGGUGCAGCUGGAGGUGCAGCCCGCUUACGCGUCCGCCGGUUUCCCGGCGUGGGAGACCUACCGGCACGCCUACCACGACGCGGUGGCCCAGCGCCUCCAGGAGCUGGCGCAGGAGGCCCGCGGCUGCGAGCAGCUCUACACCCUGCUGGACUGGGCCGCCAAUGUCUACGGCGGUCCGAAUUUCCUGGGUGCCCCGGACCUGACUCUGUCCAUGGAGCCGCUGCCCCCACUCCUGGCACCCGAUGUGUGGGCCCAACUGGAGAGCGACUACACCAGCUUCCUAGAGACCAAGAUCUCCAGCUGCUUCGACAGCAUCCUGCAGCUGGAGCAGAGCCUCUGGGCCGCCGCGGAGGCCCCCGAAGUGCUGCAGGGCCGUUACCACACCCCGCUGUCCAUCGAUGUCCACAUGCUGGUGGCAGAGCACGUGAAGGCGGCGGCAGCCAUCUCCGCGGAGCUGGAGGCCACCACCUUGCGGAUCUGCGCGCGGGAGCUCGGCCUCUUCCUGUCCAGGUUUCAAAAGGCUUUUCUGGAGUCGGAGGCGGUGACGGAGCCGCUCCUGGGCGCCCACCUCAACGCCUGCGAGGAGCUCAGGACCAGUCUGCUGGCCAGGUACCCAGGAGCCUUUGCGGAGCUGGAGAAGCCCCUGGCGGCUGCCACCUGCGUCUUCCAGAAGCGGCUGCUCCAGGGUUUGCAGUGUGACAUACAGCCACUCUUCAGGGUCCUGUGCACCAAGGCCUGGCUGACACAGGACGAGCUGCAGCCCCUCAUGGACAAAGUGGUGGCCUUUGCCCGCCACCUGGAGCACGUGACCCCACUUCGUGCGCAGGAGACUCUGCAGGAAGCGCACCGUUAUGUGGUCCGAGAGUACAUGGCACAGGCGCUGAGGCCACGCGAGCGGUUCCGGGGCGCUGAGCGCAGGGUCGGCUCCCAGAAGAUGGGCCUGGACGCCCAGGCCAUCGGCGACACCUUCCAGGGCUUGGGCUCGGAGGCCACGUGGCUGGACCAGGCGAUCCCAUGCGUGGCCGACAUCCUGGGCGAGACCGACAAAGACGGCAUCCAGCGGCACCUGGAGGUGCUGGUCCAGAACUACCCCGACAUCAGGCGUGACCACGUGCUGGCCAUCCUGGCCCUGCGCCGCCUGGGCCGUCACCGGAACCAGCGCCUCCUGCAGCACACCCAGCACCUGCUGCGGGCCGCGGCCAAAGCCGGGGCCAAAGCCGAGGCCUCCGGGGGCCACGUGCUCUUCGAGGAGAUCGAGGUGCCUACCUCUGUGGGCGUGCUCCUCGCCUGCAUCUAGGGCCCCCGCACCCCAGGGGGCUGGCCUCAGGCGCGGGCCGCAGCGGGCGCGGGGCCCGCCACCGUCCCCCGGGCGCCGAGCCCCAAGCCAGGAGGCUGGGAGGUGCUCUCCCUCCGCCCUGCCCCCGACCUGACGCUCGGAGUCAUGGAAUUUCCCUCCUCAGCCAAGUGCGGCUGCAGGGCCAGAAGGAAGAGCCAGGACAGAGGCAUCCCAGGCAUCUGCGGGGGAGCGCCGGGGGC